UAUAACGUUAGAUAAUAUGCAUUUUAUAUGAAUUAUUUAAAGUAAUAAAAUUUUUAUUGUAAAGUCUUCAACAGAUAUCCAUGGUAAAGUGGCAACUAUUUUGCGACAACCUCAUGUCGGUGCGUCUGAAACAGCUGACGAAAUCUUACUUGAAUUCGAUCGAUGAUCAAUUUGUGCUAGGUUACUGUUUUAUAGGAUGGCAGUUGAUUCAAGAAACAGAACAUGUUGGUUUCGUUUAUUAUAAAGGUUCAUAUCAGGAUCUGGACAGGAUGCAAAAGGAGAAAAAUCAUGUCCAUGGAGUCAAUGAAAACCUGGACAAAGGUCAAGAGUCAGGGGACAAGGACACUCCCCUAGUUUAUGAUGUUCCGGUGGACCAUGGCUGGGCCUGGGUCAUUUUAUUCAGUACUGCCACUAUCUCCCUUUUUGUGAUUGGAGGGAUUAAAUCCUUUGGGGUCCUAUUGUUGGAGUUUGGCAAGGUUUACCAGAUUCCCAAAAGUCAGCUGACUGUUAUUCAGUCCAUCACUGGCUUCUUCUUUCUCUCACUCAGUCCCUUUUCCAAUUGGUUAUGCGAUCGGUAUACUCACCAGAGAGUUAUUUUUGUUGGAGGUCUGUUGACAAGCUCAGGAUUAGUUCUCAGUUCCUUUGCACCUUCCAUAGAAGUCAUGUACUUUACUUAUGGGGUACUCACAGGUUUUGGCUUUGGACUCAGCUUUCCACCAAGUGUUGUCAUCAGUACACGUCAAUUCAACAAAAGAAGAGGAGUGGCAAAUGGAAUUAACAUGGCAGGGGCUGCAGUGGGGGGCAUAUGUGUGCCGAUUCUGAUGCAGUUUCUGAUUGAUAGCUAUGGUUUAAAGGGUUGUAUGCUGAUUUUAGGAGCGAUCAUGGGACACAUAUGUCCAUGUGCUUUAUUGCUCAGACCAGCGCAUAAGUAUCCACUAGUACAGAAAGAGGCUCAGCAACUGCUUCCAGAUAAAAACCUGGAGAAAAAUGUGAAUAAUUAUCAUUGUUUUCAUGACACGACAGAACAAGAAUUACCAGAAGAUAAAGAUUUAAAUACAAAGGAUGCUCAAAGGGGAGGCAUGAAUGUAGAUCAUGAAGUAAGAGUACAAUUGAUUAAGAAUUCAGAGUACAAUAGCCAGUCUUCUCCUACAUCCAAACGACACCACAAAUCAUCUGAGAGCGGUUCACUGGGAGCUAGUAUCACUGCAAUAUCAUCUAUUUCUCUAUCCAGUCAAAAUAUUCCAAAGGAGAUUAUGCUUGUAGAAGAGAUUUCUCCCAAGGCACAAAAAAACAAGCUUGUCACUUGCUGUAAAUUUUUCCAAAACUUAAACUUCAGCCUGUUCAAAAGCGUUAAUUUUAUUUUGCUUAUGUUGUCCUUUUUCUUUCUGACAUACAGCUAUCACUCUAUUUUUAUUAUCCUCCCAUCUUAUGGGCGAGAACAAAGCCUUUCGAUCCAUCAGAGCAUCUAUCUGAUUCCUGCAUUUGGCAGCGUUGAUGUCUUGGGUCGUUUAAUCGCUGGGUUUAUCAAUGACAAAUGUGUCAUACGGAGGAAAGAGAUUUUCAUCCUGUACAUCUUAAUUCACGGUGUUGGAUACCUUCUUAUUCCAACGUUUAAGGAUUUUAUCAGCAUUUUGUCUUGGUGUAUGGCAUUUGGAAUUUUCACUGGUGGGUUCAACGGGACGUUUGUAAUCAUACUUGUGGAUUGUGUUGGGAUAGAACAAUUGGCAAGUGCCUGGGGCAUCAGUUGUUUAGUUGUUUCAAUCUCCAUGCUGAUAAAUCCAGUGCUUUCAGGUGGACUCAAAGACAUUACUGACUCCUGGUCAGCUUCCAUGAGGGUGGCUGGCUCCUUUGCCAUCAUUGCAGCUUCUCUUUUGGCUAUAGAAAACGUCAUAGCGAGAUUUCAGAGGAGGAAAAGCAACAUUGAAAAAAAAGUCCAAUGUGAUGAAAAUGUAUCCUGAAUUCGUUCUUUUACAAGGUGCCAUGAAAUAGACUUUUAGGUUAUCAUACAACUGACGUUUUUUUGUUGUUAAUGAUGUUUUUGUGUAUCAGAUUUUUUUUAAUCACAAUAUUAUUGUAUUAAUCAAAAUUGACACCAUCUUGUUGUUGUUGCUUUUGUUGACUUCAGGUUUUUGAUUCACAAUAUUCUAUGAGUAUUGUUUGUAUCCAAUUGCAAUUUAGAAAACAAAAUUGCAAUUUGUUAUUUGUUAAGCAUGCAGUUAGAUGCUUUGAGUCUAAUUUUUCAUAAAUCAAUACUCACAGGGGUAAAUAUUUUUUUAUAUUUCAUUGCACCACAUAGGAUGUUUUUCUUCUAAGUAAAAGAUGAUGCAUGUAUUAUGUACACCCCAAAUAUCAAUCAUUUCUCAAUUCUAAAAAGCAUGUAACAUUGCGCUAUUUUAGUGCUAUUUUGUUAAAACCACUGCAUUCAAAGUUUUUGCCCGUAGAAUAACUGUUAGCGUAUUCAUAAUUUCAGUUCAAAAGAAUUUUUAAAAAUGUUUUUGAGUCAGUCAUUGAAAUUACUCAGUGACUCAUUAAGUUGAUUUUCCAAGAUUUAAACAAAUUAUAUUUUAUUAAUGUGUGAUUAAACCUGUGUAUGCUUCUAGAUGUACCAGUAGAAAUUCAUGGAGUACUAUAUAAAAAAAGAUGAUAUAUGAUAUACAAAUUAGUCUUCUUCUAUGAAUGCUAUCCCCAUCUAUAAACCAUUUAAUGCCUCUUGACCAUUUCAUAGCAGCUUUUUCUUAGCAUGUAUAUGUUAACUUUUUAUUAUGACAAUAGGAGUAUAUAUUGUUAUCUAGUAUUUGAAAAUACGCCAUGAAGUUUGAUUACUUGUUUAUGCUUAAUACAAAACUGUUGAAUCUCACAGAUACUAGUUUACGAAUAUUAUAAAAUAUAUGUAUAAUACACUCGCUGUAAAGAUCAUUGAUUUUCCCAAAUUAAUAAAUCUAAUGUUGUUAUUUAUUAUUUUCCUCAAAAAGUAUUCAUUGUGAGUUCAAAAAUUGUUAACUUAGAUAUCGUAAAAAUCUUUAAUGAUUUUUGACUUUUUUUGUUGCUGAAAUCAAAUUUCAUGUUUAAGUUAGAUUGAUUGACAAUUUCUUAAUUUUAAAUUGAUUAUUACUUUUGAUAACUUUUGUUCUCAAAAUUUGUCCUAUAAUUUGAAUCUAAAACACAUGUCACAAUUUAUUUCAAUUUAUUACAGUUUUGUGAUUUUCCUAUACUUUUUCCAAAACAGAAAAAUGCCUCAACCUUUUGAAAUAGCCCCCCCCCCCCAAAAAAAAUUACAAUUAUAUUUAUACAUGCUUUCUAACAACUACAAUCCAUAUCAUUUUAAUGUUAACAUUAGAGGGAUAUGUGAUAUAAAAAUAAGGGAAUAUAUGAUAUACAAAUUAGUCUUCUUCUAUGAAUGUUAUCCCCAUUUAUAAACCACUUAAUGCACUCUCUUGACCAUUACAUAGCUGCUUUUUCUUAGCAUGUAUAUGUUAACUUUUUAUUAUGACAAUAGGAGUAUAUAUUGUUAUCUAGUACUCGAAAAUACACCGUGAAGUUUUAUUACUUGUUAUGCUUAAUACAAAACUGUUGAAUCUCACAAAUACUAGGUUGUAAGUAUUCUAUAACAAAACGUGGUGUCAAAAGUAAUAACUUUUUAUUGAAUCUCUGUUUUGUAAUAAAUAUUGAUAUGAAUCUCUGUUUAUAUUUUUUACCAAUAUUGUUAUCAAUCUUUGUUUUUAUUUUAUAGUUUGAUGUGGAUCUUUGUUUAUAUUUCAACAAAUAUUAAUAUUUUAAUAUUUUACUUGUACUUGUAUACUCGAACAGGCACAAUAAUUUUGCAGACAAUUAUUCCUCAUCUAUGCUGUAUAUUAACAGGGAAAUAGAAAUGACGUUGGCAAAUUUACAUCACGCUAAACAAAAGCCCACUAAAUAGCAUACAUGUACAUACUGUAUAUAUAUAACACUUGUUAUAAAGAUUAUAGAUUUUCCCAAAUUAAUAAAUGUAAUGUUCACUUGUAAUUUCCUCAAAAAGUAUUCAUUGGGAAUUCAAAUAUUGUUAAGUUAGGUAUCGUACAAAGUUAAAUGAUUUAUGAGGGUUUUUUUUUCCGCUGAAAUCAAAUUUUAUGUUUAAAAUAUCCCCAAUGACUUAAUUUCCUAUGAGCUUUUAGUUAGAUUGAUUGACAAUAUCUAUUUUGAAUUGAUGAUUACUUUUGAUGACAUUUGUUCUCAAAAUUUGUCCUAUGAUUUGAAUCUAAAACACGUCACAAUUUAUUUCAAAUUUAUUACAGUUUUGUGAUUUUUCCUAUACUUUUGCCAAAAAAAAUUGCCUCAACCUUUUGUAAAAUUACAAUUCUGUUUAUACUUGCUUUCUAACAAACACAAUCCAUGUUAUUAUAAUGUUAGCAGUAGAAAAAAAGGAACUUUUAUCCUUGCCAUCUGGUAGGUCUAGUUUUAAUGACAAAAAAUGUGUCAAGCAUGUAUUUUCGUCAGAUGCUUUGAUGAUUGUUUUAGUUUAAACAGUCAGAAUCCGGUGUUAAACCUUAGCAGCUCUCAGAUCCCUUCCCAUUUGCAGCAUGCUCUUUAUUUUGUGCAUAGCUGCGCCGCUGUUGAUAGGAUAGAAUAUUUAUUUUAAUAAAUGAAUCUCUCAUUUUGUUUCUUAGCAUACUCUAUAAGAUGACACAAGUUAGCAUGAAGGUGAUCCAUAUAAGUGGUGCUUGUAUUUAUGUGUUGAUGUUUUUUUUAUUUUUUUUAUUCAUGACUUUAAAAUUUACUUGAAUGAUGUUUCUUCAAAUGUGCUUGUGUAAAUGAAAUAUAGAUUUGAAUGUCAUUAGAAAUGUGAUAUUUUGAAAAGGAAAAACAAAAUAAACAUGGAUGUUGUUUAUACUUUAAAUGUUGAUUAAUAAAAUUUCAUGUAUCAAU